AUGCGGGCUCCAAACGGGCAUUUCCAGCGAAAAUCAAAGUAUGAAAACAGCUGUGACGAUGGCAACGAGAAAUUCGCCAAGAAGCUGAAGAAUUUCUUUAAGUCAGCCGAGGCUGACACCAAAGAGACUGAAACGGAAACGGGCUUUCGAGGAGCAUCAAAGCGCAACAACAUGAUUCAGGUGAACGACUCGCCAGCCUUGUCCACGACUGAAUCCGAAGGCAAUGACAAAAUAUUCGACAUAUUUCUUCCUGACCACAGAACAUGGAAAGAAUCCGACGAUGUAUGCAAGCUUUACGAUCAAUGGGCUGUGAGCUACAAUCAAGAUUGUUCUGCCGCUAAGUAUCGAGGAUCCGAAAUCGUGGCCAGAUAUGUCGACAAAUACGUUCGAGACAAAUCCAGUGUUCUCGUCGACAUGUGUGGAGGAACCGGUCUUGGCGCUGAAAAGGUAAGAGAAUACGGCUUUACGACAAUUGACUACCUUGACGGCAGCACCGGAAUGGCACGGAUUGCGAAGAGCAAGAAUCUUUACAAUACGUACUACCAAGACUAUCUCCUUUCGCACAAACAGACUUCGUUGAAAUCUGAAACGUACGAUUGUGUAUUCUGCAUCGGAUCGUUUCUGCCUGGCCACCUGAAGCCUGAAGUGUGCAUUGAAUUCGCCCGAGUGCUGAAGAAAGGUAUGAUUACCUUAGAAAAUAAUUGCUUAAAUUUUGCUUCAUUGUUAAAUUAAAC